CACGCCGGCUUAGCUGGAUUGAGGUUUCCGGGCAACUCUACUGCAACGCAGGGAUACAGACUCCACAGAUUCUCCUGAAGAUAUAUUUUAUUAAAUUUCGAUAUCAUUUAAAUACUUCAUUGGAGUAUCAAUCUCCUAAAUAAGUUAAAUACAGAACCAUACAUUGGGCGUUUUGUCAUCUACACGGAGCUAGAUAAGUCAACGGGACAAUGGCUGAUCAGCUGACUGAGGAGCAGAUUGCUGAAUUCAAGGAGGCAUUCUCGCUGUUUGACAAGGAUGGUGAUGGUACAAUCACUACCAAAGAGCUUGGGACUGUGAUGCGCUCUCUGGGACAGAACCCCACUGAGGCUGAGCUGCAGGACAUGAUCAAUGAGGUGGAUGCUGAUGGUAAUGGUACAAUUGACUUUCCUGAGUUCCUGACCAUGAUGGCCAGGAAGAUGAAAGAUACAGACAGUGAGGAGGAGAUCAGAGAAGCCUUCAGAGUCUUUGACAAGGAUGGUAAUGGCUACAUCAGUGCAGCAGAGCUACGGCAUGUCAUGACCAACUUAGGGGAGAAGCUCACUGAUGAAGAGGUGGAUGAAAUGAUCCGCGAGGCUGACAUUGAUGGCGAUGGUCAGGUCAACUAUGAGGAGUUUGUCCAGAUGAUGACUGCCAAGUGAAGAGAACACUGAAAUUUCUCUCAACAUUGCUUGUCCUCCUAAGAUCACUGUCUUUAAGAACCAAAAAAAGGAACAAUUAUCAAAUGAUAAACUAACUUACCCCCCAGAAUCACUUAUCUGUAGAAUUUCGCAAUUUGUGCUUCAGUACAUCCAACUACUUCUAAGGUAUCUGUUUAGCAAACACCAACAGAAUAAUCCCUAGAGAAGUUAAUGGACCAAGCUUUAAGAGGGCCGAAGCCCCCGUACUUCAGACCAAGAUUCUGCUGAGUCACCCAGCUCCUGAUUAAUUUAGAGGAAAGAGCAACACUGAAAAGGCAGAGGGAUAGGAACCCAUGCCACAGUUCGUAAAGAGAAGUUGGCUAUUUAAUUCUUUCCAAUUAAUCUUCAACGGUGAAAAUUGACUUUCUUGCACCAGUGGUGAUUCUCCAAACACUGAAUUGAGUACUCUUCUUGCAUGCACCCUUUCUGUGGCUGUCUCUUGUCACAACAAGGAGGCUCUGAUCCCACUAGAGGUAGUGGUCAGAUUGUGUACACACUGGAGGUAUAUACAUAAAUAUAUAGCUAUAUAUCUGUAAAAUUUGUGUCACUAUUGAUUAUUGCAAGAGCAAAUAGUUGCAAUGUAGGGUGUUCAUUGGUGCUCGGUUUCAGAUGAGAAUUCUUAUACCUUGGAGAGUUCGGACAAGAAUGAGAGACUGUAAAGUGCUGAAGGUUUUUUCCCCCUUGGGGAUGUUAUAUUGUCUUGUUUUGAGUCGUGGGCUUUUCACUGCCUGCAGCACUGAUUGGAGACAGUAGUAUGUUGUAUUGCUUCAGGACGAUUAUUGUGAAAACCCACUUGAGGACUGCAGUUAAUACAUUUGUUCUGCAAACAGAUAUCCUGAUGAUACAAUAUUGAUGUAAUGCUUUAUAAAUGUGUUCUCAAAUAUUAAUGUAUUGAUGACAAACUUUGGUCACAAAAUAUAUCUAUAUAUAUUAGUGUAUCGUAAAGUUUGCAUUGCCUAUUGUUGUAGUAAAUGACCUGUGACAUGUUUUAUCUUUGGUUUUGAAAUGUGCCAUAAUACUCUAAAAACGCCUCAACCUUCUUGCAAGACUCGUAGUUCAUUAGAAUAUAAUAAAUCUACUUAAUAUAAUAACAUAAAAAUACAUGCAGUUGAACAUAUUUGCACUUUGGUAUAAACCAUGUGGAUAUUACAAAGGAUUUGUUCUAAAAGAAGAAAAAGAAACCAAAUGUCACUGUUGCUGCUGCUAUAACAACUCAUAUGUUUCACUCAUUUCUCGUCCUUGUUGGUGUCUGAUCUUCAAUUUGUAGUCCAGUGAUUCAAACUUCAAUCUGCUUGCUGUUUUAUUGAACAGAAUACAUAUACUGUAUAUUCACAAAUAACUACUUGUAGUGGGGGUGCUGUGUUUCAUUUGGGCUAUUAGAACGGGGCAUUCAGAUGGGGAUGAAAUAGGGGUUGUAGCAAGGAAUUCAGCUUGGUUUCAGUGUUAGGUUUUUGAACAGUUGGCUAAAUUUGAAAAGAAGGUUAGCUGAGGUAUCUUUGAUUCCUCAAAGUACUGAACUUAAAUACCGCUCUGUUUGAGGCAUUUUAAUUGGUUACCUUUGAUUAAGAUGUGUGGAAGAAAAUGGUAAAUGGACUGUUAACUUUUGAAGGUAUCUCAAAAAUGUAAAGAUGUGAUAUAUUUUCCAUAAAUCAAUAAAUUGACUGAGCUUUACUUCACCUACA